AUGGACACACCGACGGCCACGACAGGCCCGCUGGCGCCGAGUCCCGGCGCUGGCGAGACCGCCCGGGCACCGGCCAGCCGCGAGGCUGCUACACCCGUCGAGGCGACUGCCUUCGCGGCGGCCGCUGCCACAGCCAGUGCUGUGGUCGCGGCAUCUGCCUCCCCGAUGACCGCAACCGCCGCCACCUCACCUGGGCCCAUCAACCAGGAACUCAUUUCCCAAGUGAAGAUCGCCGCCAUGAUGGCUGCCUUACAGGCGGCCAGUGCCCCCGGGUCCCAGUCGGCAGGUGGCGCGCCGGCUUUGGACAUCGUUGAGCUGUCGCGCGUCAUCUCCGCGGCCACCGAUGCCGCUGUGGCGGCACUCAUCUCCCCGACCGCGGGAGCCAGCACCCCGGCCGCCGCCUCGGUCAUGUCGCCGGCCGCCGCCCCUCCGGCCACCGCCCCUCCGGCCACCACCACCUUGACCACUCCAAUCGUCCCGGCCCCCACGGCUGUCAAUCUGCCGAUCACCGUGCCGAGAGAGGCUGCCCCUGUUGUUCCCUGGCAGAUGUCGGAGCUUGCGGCCGGCAGUGUGCCUCAGCCUCCAGCCGCACCGCCGGUUGGCCCGGCGGCCCCGGCUUUCGACGUUCCCACGCCCGCUCGCGGCGCUCGCUCUCGAUCCUUGUCCAUUCAGAUCCCCAUGGCCCCGGGGGCCGCGGCGCUGAUGGACCCGCCAGCCUUGACUGCCCCCGUCCCCGGUGAUGCUCCCCCGAUCGGGCCUUCGUCCGAUGGGGCUGCCCCCCCCGUCGGAGAUGUCCCCCUGGCGGUGGUCGGGGCCGCUGCCGGCGCCUCGACCGUUCCUGGCCCGGUCGCCAAGCCGCCCGAUGCCGGGGCCUCUGUCGGCGAGAUUUUCCUCAACCCACCGGACCCGCUGCUCGAGCCGCUCAUCGCCCAGAGUCGCAGCCGCCGGUCGAGCGUCGCCCUGUCAACCGCCGGUCCCCUCCACCACCCCUUUCCGGAGGGCGGUAGCCCUACCUCGCCGGCUGCCCGGUUUCCCCGGUCGGGCACAAGUGGCCAAGCGGCCCGGCGCUUGUCACGCAUGAGUUCCCUCGAUCGGUCGGAGUCCCCUGGCCGCCCGCUUCCCGGCUCACUGCACUCGACUUCCUUCCUGGCCAUGCUGGCCGCCAGCCAUGACCUGUCGCAUACGGCCGCUCGCGAGGUGGCGUCGCACAUCUGCCCGCACCUGUCGCUGGUGGACUUCCACUCCUUCCGCCAGCGGCUUGGCGACCUGCAGCGUCUCUUCCACCAGGUGUCCGCCGCAUCGAAGCUCACCUGCACCGACUGCCCAGCUUCAUACCAGCACCUGUGGGUGUGCACCGAGGCCGACUGCAUGAGUAUCUCCUGUGGGCGUGAGGUCAACAAUCAUGCCCUUCAGCACUUCGCACACAUGUCAGCCGCCGCCCUGUCCCCGGGGCUGGCCGGUGCCAGCUCGGCCAGCGCCUCGCAGCACCUCCAUGAGCCGGUCUCUGACUCCGAGAGCGAAGUCGCCCUGUCCUCCAGCACCGACCUGAUUGGGUUGGCAACCGGCGAGCCCACUUCCCACUGCAUCGCAGUGCGGCUCUUUGACCGCACCGUCUGGUGCCACAUUUGCGCCAAGCUCAUCCCCAUCUGGGACCAUAUCACUGAUGUGUGGCUCCUCCCGGAGGCGGUUCGCAUGCGGGAGCUCCUUAGCCGCAUUCGCCUGCCCUUCCAGCUGAGCUUCCUUCUGCUGACGGCUGGCCAUGAUCGGCUGGGAAUCGGUAGCUCCGGCGGGCGUGAUCCCUUUUCCUCCCCGGGCUCGGUCCUGUCGCAGACAGCCCUCUCGCGUCUCAUCGGCCUGGUGGGCCUCUCCAGCACCGGCAAGGACAGCCACUUUAAUGCCAUCCUCCAGGCGCUGAUGGCGUGCGACAUCCUGGUGGGAUUUUUCAAGCAUGCGCCCGGGUACCUGAAGCUCUUCGCCUCGCGGCAUCCCACUGUCACCGGGGCCUUCGUGGACUUUGUGGCCAGCUACUGGCACGUCAAUCGCCCGGUCAUCUCCUCGCAAAGGCUGCUGUCGGCCGUGCGUGCGCGGUAUCCCUUCCUGCUGGGGGAGGCGGCCUCUUCCGGGUCUUCGGCCGCUUCGCGGGCGCCGGCCGGCGACCCGGCACGCAUGGAGGAUGCCUUCUUGCUGUUGCAGCUCCUCCUGCGCAGCCUCCAUGAUGACCUGAAGCUCCCGGAUCUGCAGGCCUACUCGCGGGCGACUUCCUGCCUGUCGUGCGCCGACUGCAGCCUCCAAUCGGAGCGGGGCUGUGCCCGGUGCCGGGCCGACGCCUCGGCCUACUUGACCUCCAGCGGCAGCUCCAACAAGCUCCCCUCGAAGAUGGCCUUCUCCUCGAACUCCAGCGUGGUGAGCGACACAUUCGGGGGUGUCUUGCUGUUGCAGUACUUCUGCCUCGGCUGCAAGCGUGUGUCCUCCAGCCGGUCGCGCUUCUUCGAGUUGAACAUCCCCCUGGUGGAUGCCGAUGCCGCGGCCUACCAACGCAAGAUCCAGCACCGGCUUGGGGUUUUCUACUCCACGCAUCCGGCCCGAACGGUGCUCCCCUCGCGGGAUCAGCCAUUCUGUGAGCACUCGGUCGAGGCCGUGGCCACUGUCAUCCCGGGCCUGGCGUCGGGUGGAUCGUCGUCGCCCGUGCUCCAUGCCGCCGGUGGUGUGGCCGCUCCGCCCGGCGCCGCCGCGGGCCACGGUUCUCCGUCCGGCGUCACUCGCAAGUGUCCCUACUCCGCCACCCGGGGCGCCCCCUGCUUCGAGCCGGUGGUCGACACGAACUUCAGCAAACUCACCAGCAAGUGGCGUAAGAUCAAGAGCCAGGUGUUCAAUGCAAGCGACUGCCGGUUGAUUGACUGCCUGGAGGAGUUCUUCUCCACGGAGAUCAUCCCGGUGACUGCCAGCUCAGGGCUCCACUGCUCCGGCUGCAAUGCCAAGACCGCGCACAGCCGCACUCGACACCUGCUCAUCCCGCCGGAGUUCUUCAUCAUCCAUCUACCGCGCUUCUUCGCCGCCCAAUACGAGGCCCCCGAUGCUGGACCCGAUGAGUCCGGCGGCAUGGACUCUCCGGCGGCCGGAGGUCGCCCUGCCGAAGGGGCGGCCGAUGCUCACUCGACGGCGACCGCGUCCCCUCCUCCUCCCCUCUCGACGGAGCCGCCGGCUCUCGGGGCUCGACGCAAGUCCUUCUUCGCCGCGGGUCCCGGCAGCGGCGGCGGCGGCGGCGGCGGCGGCCACACAAGCAGCAUGGCGCCACACCCCCUGGCGCCGGGCCACCCGCAGCCACACCCGGCCGGGACCCGGAGUCGGCAGCUGAAGAACUUCAGUUCAUUGCGCUUCCCCCUGCGCGGGCUCGAUGUGGCGGAAUUUCGCGUGCGUGUUCCCCACGCGGAUGCCGACUCCUCGGAUUAUGACCUGGUGUCCAUGGUGACGCACUUGUCUUCGUGCACGGUCCCGGUGAAACCCACGCAGAUUAUCUGUGCCGAGGCUCCGGCCUCGGAGCCGGGGCCGCUUCCUUCGGGUCCCUCCGGGCCCGGCACCGCCACUCCGGCCGGCCGGGUCCCCUCUCCUGGCUCGCCCUUCGGCGAGGGGCUGGUCCUGUGCGGGGACGACCUGUGUUCCUGCCGGGCCAUUCCCCGGCCGGCUGGGCAUGAUUUCUCUCGCGGCGGGUUUUACCAUUGCCUGGCCGAGUCGGCUGGGGCCCGGUGUACCUGCGGCCCGGGGCACAUGGACACGGCGAUGCUCGGGCAGAUGCCCUUCGGCGAAUCGGCCCCCGGGCACUUUGUCACCUACUCGCGCAAUCUGGCCACCGGACACUGGUAUGCCUUCGACAAUGAGCAGGUCUUCGAGGCGUCCUCCUCGUCGGAUUUGACCCGGGCGUCGCGCCACACCGGCGACCCGUGCAUCCUGAUUUACAAGCGCCGGCCGUUGGCCUCCUGCCGGCGGGCUGUUGGCAAGCUGGUGGCCGAGCUUCGUCGGCAUGAGCGUUUUGCCCUCGUCGAUUGUUUGGACCACUCGCCGGACGCCUCGCCGCCCCCCUCCCCCGGGGCCUCGGAGGAUGAGGACCGGUCCUCCGGAUCGGGCCUCGACAGCGUGGACUCCGGCUCGGAUUCCGAGGAUGAGGAGCCCCGCGCUGGCGGGGACUCUCCCCCGGCCACGACGGGGCUCGAAUCCUGGCGCCGGGCAAACGAAGCUCAGCGUGGAGCCCGGCGCUCCGGGCGCACGGCUCCUCUGUCCAUUCCUCGGCCGGUGCGCUUGUCUUCCGAUUGGUGGUGGCCCGAGCGUGCUCACAGCGGGUCUUUCCUGCCGACCGGCCAAUCACCCACGCCCAUUGGUGGCAGCGGCGGCGGCGGCGGCGGCGGCGGCAACAACAACAUGCGCUCCACAUCGCUCAUUUCCUCUGCCAGCUCGCACGAGCAUCUGUCCGCCCUGAGCCAGGGCAACCGGCCCCUGUCGCCUGAGCUUCGGCCUCCUGGGGAAGUUGGCGGCCGUCUUUCACGCGUAGAUCGGUCAUCCUCGGGGGUUGACUCGUCGCGCCAUCGGUCCGGCAGCAGCUCGAUGCCACCCCCGGGGUCGCGCAAGCCCUCGACCGGCGGGCCGGUUCUCCCACAUUCCCAGAUCCCGCCACCGGUGGCGGCCAUGGGGUCGUCCUCUUCAUUGGCGUCGGCCGGCGGGGCGAUGGGCAGCGGGCCUGCGGCGGCCGCGGCGGCUCGGCGGUCGUCGGCCUCCUCGCGCGACGAGUCGCCCCUUCGCCCGGCCCCCGGCAGCGGGGCCAUCCUCCCCCCGGCGCAUGGGCAUUGGGUGCUGGUUCCACUUCGGUGGUUCAACCUCUGGAAGAAUGGGUCCGGCUCGCCGGGGCAAAUCGACGUCCGGCCGCUGCUCUGUCCCCACGGGUCGUCGCUCAUUCGGUCGAAUCUCCUGCCGAAGCAUGUGUCCUUCCUGGAAAGCUCCAUCGGUCACAUCGCGGCCGGGCUGCUGUGUGGCUCGCUCUUUGCCUCGGCCUCCGGGGCCUGUGGGGGAGCCGGCCUGCGGCCUGGUGGCGGUGCUGCUGCUGCUGCUUCGGCCGACCGGUGGUCGCCGCCGGCUGACGGGUCUCCCUGGUCUGCCAGUAGUCCGGCCCUGGCGGCGGUCAAUCAUUCCGCCGGCGGGUCGCCGUCCCUGAGGCUGUCAUCACCGGACGACGGGCAGCACAGCUCGUCCCCCUCGAUGGCGGAGGUUGACUCGGGUGCCUGUCCGCCCGGCUGUGCUUGCCGGCUUGUCAGCUCGGCCGGGUCGUCGUCGUCGUCGUCGUCGUCGGUCCACCGGCUGGCCAGUGCCUCGGUCGAGUCCUUCCUCUAUCCGGCCGGUGCCGGGAGCUACUCCCCAUUGGUGGCCGGGCCGUCGGGCACCCUGCCCUGUGGCGAUGCGGCCUCCGGCAGCAUUGCCUCCUCCUUCUCGGUGUUCGGCCGGCCCUCGGCCUGCCCGGUCAUGCUGUCGGCCGACAUGGUGGCCACCCCGGCGGCCACGGCCGACCUGGCUGACGGGGACAUUUGCGUGUCUGUCAAUCUCAGUCGGCCGCUCCUGGCGACCGAUGUCUUUGUGGCUGUGCCGCCGAAGGUGUUUGCGGCCUUCACCGCGCAGUGGGGCCUUACGGCCUUGGCCGGCGGGCAAUACCCGCCGCCCGGCCAUGGCGGUGCGCAAUCCGGGCGCCUCAUCCCGAUCCCCGGCCUGGGUAGUUUCUUCUCGUCGGACUACCACCCGGUCGGGCUGGGUGGGGGUGUCGGUGGUGACCCCUCGGCCGCCGGCCCGGGCCACGAUCACCACCAUCAUCAUCACCAGCACCAGCACCAGCAUCAUCCCCAUCACCAUGUGUCCCAGCAGCCGCCACGUUCGACGGUCUCCCCGACCAGCGAGCGGCCUGGAUCCCCGAGCGCCGGGGCAUCGUCGGCAUGCCGCUCUUCGCCCUCGCUGGGUUCGUCGCCGGAUGUGCGUCCGGCUUCGCCUUCGCCAUCGCACCCCCUCUGGGGCGUUGGCGGUGGUCUGGGCCAUGGCCAUGGCAGCAGCAGCAGCAGCAGCAGCAGCAGCAGCAGCGGUGCCGGCAGCAACUCCACGGGUCUCUACUCGCCGGCGCCGGAGGACUCCCCUGGCCGGGGUUUGGGCUUCACGUCGACGCUGGUCCCGGCCUGGUAUCCCCGGUCGAAUCUCAACCGUCGGCAUUGUCUCCUGUGCGACCAGCUCCUGCUGCGAAAUGUGGCCGAGUUGAAUGCCGUGCAGUUCCUGCUGUCCCUUUCCCCGCAGGCCCCCUUCGACCUUGAUACGCUGGAUCAGAUUCUGGCAGCCAUGCAGCUGCCUGGGGCUGGAGCGGCGGCGGCGGCGGCGGCGGCGGCGGCGGCGGCGGCCGCCGCCGCCGCCACGACCGACUCCUCCUCCAGCAUGAGCCUGUCGCGGUCGGCCUCAAGUGAUUCGUCUCUCGGGACCGUGGGCGGUGUGGAUGCGCAUGGGCAUCAGCACGGUGCGGCCGGCGGCCCGUGUGGCCUCGCGGCCUGUCCCUCCCUCUGGCCGCGGGCCCUCGAGUCGUCUGUCGGUGUUCUCUUCAUCCUGCCGAUGGACUGGGCCCGGCAUUGGCUCCGGCACUUGUCCCGCUUGGUCCCCUAUCGGCAUCAUCAUCUGGGGCAGAUCAACUUCGCUUCGCUCCUUGCACCGUCCCCGCCAUCGCCCCCAGGCGGCCCGGCCGCGGCAGCUGCCCACUCGGCGGCCCAUGCCUGUAGCACCGGCGCGCGGCUGUCCCCCCCGCUGCGGCCCGGCCUGGUUCUUGGCCGGCAUUACAUUUGCGUGAGCCACCAUCUGUGGCUCUUCCUGGCCACGGUCUACGGGUCGGCGCAUGUGAUGCCGCGCCGUGCACGCGACAUCUAUGGCGAACCGGUCCAUGACCUUGUCACGUGCAUGGAUAUUCUGUAA